AUGACCGAACAAUCCAUCUCCAAUUUCACCCUAACCCAAUCCAUCUACGAAGCAGCUCUAAUCCUCGCACUUCUACGAUGGAUCCUAUGUUUCAUUUUCAAAACAAUCAAAAACCGAAACACACCGCAGCACCAACAACAAUGUUGUCAAAUGUUGCCGUUAACGAGUUUCGGAGAAAUCAUAGAAAGACAUCCGGAAACACAGGAUUCUUCCACCACAUGUGCCGUUUGUUUGAACAAGAUGAAAAUGGAAGAUGAGGUUCGAGAAUUGAUGAACUGCUGUCAUGUGUUUCAUAGAGAAUGUAUUGAUAAAUGGUUGGAACAUGGUCUUGAGAAUGAGAAUCAUAAUCAAACUUGUCCACUUUGUAGAGCUCCUUUGAUAAGUACUGAUGCGGUAUUUUCAGAAGUUUUGAGUGAUUGUGUUUCUCCUAAUCAACCUAGUUGGGCUGUUGAGAGACUUCUUUAUCUCUUUGGUGAUGAUCUUUUGCCUUGUUAA